UGCUGUGGUCGAGUGACCGGGACUUGUGGGCUCCUGCAGCCCACACUCAUGAAGGGCACAUCACCAGCGACAUGCAGCUCUCUACCUACUUAGACCCCGCCCUGGAGCUGGGACCGCGGAACGUGCUGCUGUUCCUGCAGGACAAGCUGAGCAUUGAGGAUUUCACAGCAUAUGGCGGUGUGUUUGGAAACAAGCAAGACAGCGCCUUUUCUAACCUGGAGAAUGCCCUGGACCUGGCCCCCUCCUCACUGGUGCUUCCUGCCGUCGACUGGUAUGCAGUUAGCACCCUGACCACUUACCUGCAGGAGAAGCUCGGGGCCAGCCCCUUACAUGUGGACCUGGCCACUCUGCGAGAGCUGAAGCUCAAUGCCAGCCUCCCUGCACUGCUGCUCAUCCGCCUACCCUACACAGCCAGCUCCGGUCUGAUGGCACCCAGGGAGGUCCUCACGGGCAAUGAUGAGGUCAUCGGGCAGGUGCUGAGCACACUCAAGUCCGAAGACGUGCCCUAUACAGCAGCCCUCACAGCAGUCCGCCCCUCCAGGGUGGCUCGUGACGUGCCUAUGGUGGCCAGUGGGCUGGGUCGCCAGCUGCUGCAAAAACCACCUGCUUCGGCUACGGUCCAUCCUCCUGUGAGUUACAAUGACACCGUCCCCAGGAUCCUGUUCUGGGCCCAGAACUUUUCUGUGGCCUACAAGGACCAGCGGGAGGACCUGACCCCUAUCACUUUUGGGGUGCAAGAGCUCAACCUCACUGGCUCCUUCUGGAAUGACUCCAUGGCCAGACUCUCACUGACCUACGAGCAACUCUUCGGUACCAUGGUGACAUUCAAGUUCGUUCUGACUAACCGCUUCUACCCAGUGUCCGCCCGCAACUGGUUUACCAUGGAACACCUGGAAAUCCACAGCAAUGGCUCCGUCAUCUACUUCAAUGCCUCCCAGGUGACAGGGCCCAGCAUCUACUCCUUCCACUGUGAGUACGUCAGCAGUGACAGCAACAAAGGCAGUCUCCUCGUACCCCACAAAUCGCCCUCGGACUGGCACAUCACUCUUCAGGACUUCCAGAUCCAAGCCUUCAAUGUGAUGGGUGAACAGUUCUCCUACGCCAGUGACUGUGCCGGCUUCUUCUCCCCGGGUAUCUGGAUGGGGCUACUCACCUCCCUGUUUAUGCUCUUCAUCUUCACCUAUGGCCUGCACAUGAUCCUUAGCCUCAAGACCAUGGAUCGCUUCGACGACCACAAGGGCCCUGCCAUCUCCUUGACCCAGAUCGUGUGACCCAGUACCCUUGGGGGGAGGGGGUGGGGUGGGUACAAGGUGUCCAAGUUGUGGCUUUCCCCUCUUCCUACUGUCGCAUGAGUCCCAGCUUCCCUCGGCCUGUCUAGCCUCCUUUUCAGCCAGCUGAGGGGCUUCCCUGGGGUGUCCCCAUCUCUACCAACAAGGUGUACAUACUCUGCAUAAAUAUUAGAUAGCUAUGCCAGGCUUGGUCAUUGUGAGCAGUAGAGGACUUUAGUUCUAGAGUCCCCUUUCUCCUCUCUUCCCUUAUUUAUUCCCUUGCUGUUUAUAGCGCUCCUUCCCCAAGCUUAGCAGAUCUCCCACUAUGGUUCUCUGAGUUUGGGGGGCUGUGUUUUGGUGAUGUGCUAAUAGGCAGUACCCUGGGGUUUUGUUUCUGUGGCCUGAUAAGGAAAGGACCUGCAGACAGGUGGGCUGAGGGUUUCUGGCACUGUCCACCGGGAAUGCCUGCGGGAGGGAGCCUGGAGUGCUCGGUUGUUUCCUUCCUGAUAAAAUAAAGACCGUCACCAUGC